ACCAUUGCAAGGUAGUAGUUAUUUACCUUUACCAGAAGCUUUAGAUAAGCCACAACUAGGAAUAAUUAAUCCACAAAAUAGGGACGAUAAUGAGUGUUUUAAAUGGUGUAUAAGUGCAUAUCACACAAGAGAGGAAGCUAUAAAAGCUAAUAGAAAGCCAUCACAUCUUAAUGAAAUCCGGAGACUUAGACGAAAUGCAAAUAUAGCAAAUUUUGAAGGUAUAAAAUUUCCAGCAACACUCCAUGAUAUAGAUAAAUUCGAAGAAAGCAAUCCUAAUUAUGCUAUCAAUAUAUUUAAACCAUUUUAUAGAGAAGCUUUCGGAAAAAUAAAAGUAGAUAUAGAUCCAUUACAUAUUUCAGAACAUAAUUAUCAAGUGGAGCAUAUGAUAGAUUUAUUAUAUUUAACAGAAGGUGAAGAGAGUUUAAAUGAUCGAAAAAAUCAAAAUGAUAUACCAGAAGGCUUAAAAACACAUUAU